AUGUCUUUAAAAGUUCUUACACUUCUUGCAUCAGCAAUUGAAAAAGGAAAUACAGGAAUUAUGUUAGAAAACUUCUUGAAAGGAUUAACAUCAAAGAAACAAAUAGAAAAUCAUAUUGUUAAUGUUUGUAAAGAACAAUUAAAUGGAUGUGCUGGAUGUCUUGCAUGUAAAAAUCAUAAAGAAGUGUAUUGUUCACAAAAUGAUAGAUGCAGUGAAUUAAUGAAAGAAUUUAUUGAAGCUGAUUUAGUAAUAUUUGCUUUUCCUAUUUAUUGGUAUGCAAUGCCAGGUCAAUUAAAAGUAUUUAUUGAUAGAACUGUUAUGAUGAUGGAUUGGAACACAUAUUCAGCUAAACAAGAAGUUCUUGACAAAGGAAAAAAGACUAUUGUUGCUUUAACAACAUGUGGUUCUGCUGGUUAUGAUCGAGGAGUUUUUGAAAUUAAAGAAAUUGCAAGUUUAUUUGGAUAUUCUUUUAAUGAAAUGCAUUUAACUGGUGGUUCUGAUAAUACUUCAAUUGCAAAGAAUAGUAGUAAAAUGAAACAAGCAUUUGCUUUUGGCGAAAAAAUUGCACAAAAAAUUUAA